AUGAACAAUUCCCUGGAUUAUCUAGCCUACCCUGUAAUCGUCUCUAAUCAUAGACAGAGCACAUCAUUCAGGAAGAAACUGGACUUUGGCCACUACGUAUUUCAUAAGAAUAGAAUACAAAUAGUGAAGCCUACUGUUGAUACCAAGCCUCCAGUGGUGCACACACAUCACAUUUUAAAACUGAGCAAACUACAGGGUGAACAAAAGAGAAUCGACAAAAUCGAAUAUGAAAACAAGCAACUGUGUCAGAAAAUUGCCAACGCCCACCGCGGCCCCGCCAAGGUGGAUUGCUGGAACGAAUAUUUUUCCAAGAGCUUAAACAGAGAAACAAGGAACCGGGAGCUAGUGAGAAUCACCAUGGAAAACCAGGGCAUUCUGAAGAGGCUUGGUGAUCGCAAACCCCACUAUGACCGCAGGUCGUUGGAGUUAGACUGGCAGAAUUCAAGGCGCUAUAUCAGAAAUACAACCAAAUAUCCUCUCUCCUGAGAUGAAUAGGUUACUCACCAUGGAAAAGACAAGAGAAGGCCCUAGGAUUUCUUAGCUGCUUAGGAUUUCAAGACACUCCUAAGUGGCUGAAUGCUAGGUCUUAGGAUGCUACAAUAAAGCUUGGAACAUAAAAUGAGUAAGUUACAUUUAAAGUACCCAUUUAAAUGUAAAUGUACCCAUUAAAUGUAAAGUUACAUUUAAUGAGAGAGAGAAAGAGACAACUUUUUAAAACACACACCAUCACCACCACCCCUGGGGGAAGAAUAGGUGGGGUGUGAUGACCCAGCCACAAGUUCAGCUCUGUCAAAAUGGAAAACAAA